UUGGAGUUGGCAGAAUGGUCAAAGUCAGUCUACACGGAGAGCUCGACUCGUUCGGAGGCUGUUCGUUAGGUCAGCUCAUCAGUGAUCAUCAUCGAUCGUCGAUCCUCAACUUAGCUGUCAAAACGAGUGACAACGUAAUAGAACUAUAUAGACGAUAUUAUCAUCUGUAUCUAUUCAUCUAUCUAUAUAUCUACCAAUUUAUCUAUCUGUUUAUCUAUCUAUCUAUCUAUCUAUCUAUCUAUCUAUCUAUCUAUUUAUCUAUCCAUCUAUCUCUUAUCUCUUUCUUUCUUUUUUUUUUUUAUUCUUCUUCUCUUCGUCCGAUAUUAGACUUAGUGUGAUUUGUUAAGGUGAUAUAUAGAUCGUGAGAACUGUUCGAUCGAUUCGAUAUUCGAUCGUCGAUGAUUCAACGACUAUUUCGUUAAUCCGACGAAAACACGAGAAAAUACGAGGAAGUUUAUGAGGACUCUUAAUGAGUUGUUGAAAGGCCUGAAGGUCUAAAUUACGUUUGACGGAAAGUGAAAAUUACGAUCACGGUUUAAGAAUGACAGUACUAAGGAUGACCUCGCCGGUGACGCCUCCAUCGACCAGUCCAGGAUCGGCCGACGAGGCACAAGCACCGCAACCUAGUCCUAGACCGGCACACAGAUUAAGUUUCUCCGUUGCUGCAUUAUUGGCAGACACUAGAAAGUCACCAGAGACCACAACUAGGCAAGACAUCUCGACGAUCUCGUUAGAAUCAUCGCCCAUCUCUUCUUAUUCGCCUGUACGACAAGAUCACGUUACUACGGUACCCAUAACUUCUAACACACCUACAAAAUAUCCUAGUGAUCUUAGAACGAACAGGUAUAAUUUAUCGGCGUCGCCCAAUCUAGAAGCUAAGACGCCUCAAUACACUUGCGAUUCGCCAGGAAUAACAACAGAAACUAGAACACCGCCCUCGAGAUACACCGACGUCGAAUUGGGUUUAGAAUCGCCAACGGACAGACAUACGUCUUACGGGACGAUCGACUAUAGGAUCAGAACCAACACCACUAACAUUACCACCGUAAAUAAUAAUAAUAAUAACAACAAUAAUAACGACACGUCAAUAUCUGCGGAUAAUCAAGUGUUAAUCAAGUGUUCAGCCCCAUCGCCAAAAACAACAAACAAUACGCAGAAAGACUUUGAUUCUCAAUCGCCAAGAAGUAGUUCUUUGGAAGAAGGAAGGUCAAGGUGUUCCGAGAUCGAAGAUAUCGAUGACGACGAUGAAAAUAGUCUGGUAGAUGUCGAAGAUCUUCAACAACAUGCAUCAAGUCCAACACCAGUUAGGCCAACUCCAGCUUACGUCGGUGGUUUCUCCACUUUAGGAACCAUUCCUGGUAUACCACCUGGUCUUCAUCCUGCCGUUUGGGGCGCCGGACAUCAGGCUGCUGCUGCUGCCGCCGCCGCGGCUGCUGCCACGGCUACAUUUUUUCCUUCUCAUUUUGGUCAUCAUGCACCAUUAAACGAAAAUGGAGAACCCGCCAAGAUCAAAUGCAACCUCAGGAAACACAAGCCCAACCGGAAGCCGAGGACACCGUUCACGACGCAACAGUUGCUAGCUCUAGAGAAGAAGUUUCGUGAGAGGCAGUAUCUCAGUGUUGCCGAACGAGCUGAGUUCUCGUCAUCUCUCCAUCUAACAGAAACUCAGGUGAAAAUCUGGUUUCAAAAUCGACGGGCGAAAGCGAAACGUUUGCAGGAGGCGGAAAUCGAGAAGUUGCGAAUGUCCGCCGUAAGGCAACACCACACGGCACUUUACGGAUCGCAUCCGGGACUCCUAACGCCUGCCGGACUCUAUCCCAUGGGAAUGCUAUCUCAUCCUGGAUUGACGCCCCACCAUACGAUAUCUCAACAUCCUUCGAGAGAAUGAAGGCAACGUCUUAGAAAUCUAGGAUUCUAAACUUAUCGUUCUUAUCUUACGAGUAAGGACGUUAAACGAGUAUUCUUCACUUCGAAUUAUCUCGAGGAGGAAGAAGAAGAAGAAGCUGCAAGAGAUCGGCAAUCGAUUUCAAUUCUUUUGUUCGAAUCGGGAAGAUAAGCUGUGUGUGAGUUGUGGA